CAGAGACGAGACAGGCACAGACUCCCCGCUAUACGAGUGCUCACGGUGCUAGUUAGAAGGACAGGAGCCGGGAGGAGAGGAGACCGAUGGCGAGCAGCGUGGGGGGAGAUGCCGGGGAAGGGGAGUGGCUCAAGGUCGCCGAGCUGAGGGCCAUGGCGGGAGCCCAGGACCCGCAUGUCAAGGAGGUGGACAACCUGACGCUCCGGAGGUUCCUGCGCGCGCGUGGCCACGACGUGGGCAAGGCCUCGGCGAUGCUGCUCAAGUUCAUGGCGUGGAGGCGGGAGGCCGUGCCGGGGGGCGUCGGCGCCGUCAUGCCGGCGGAGCUGGUGCGGGCGGAGCCGUCGCGCGAGUUGGCCUCCAUGGGCGGGGUCGACCGCGCAGGCCGCCCCGUCCUGCUCGCCUUCCCGGCCAAGCACUUCUCCGCCAACCGGGACAUGGCCGGCUUCAAGCGGCUCGUUGUGUACCUGCUGGACAGUGUCUGCUCGAGGAUCCCACGGGGGCAGGACAAGUUCAUCGUCGUGGUGGACCUCAAGGGGUGGGGGUACGCCAACUGCGACGUGCGCGCGUACGUGGCGGCCAUCGAGAUCAUGCAGAGCUACUACCCGGAGCGGCUGGGCAAGGCGCUCAUGGUCCACGUGCCCUACAUCUUCAUGAAGGCCUGGAAGAUGGUGUACCCCUUCAUCGACGCGAACACCAGGGACAAGUUCGUGUUCGUGGACAACAAGAGCCUGGAGGGGGCGCUGCGGCGGGAGAUGGACGAGAGCCAGGUGCCGGAGAUGUACGGCGGGAAGCUGCCCGUUGCCCCCCUCACCGACGACUAGGUAGCACCGAAACAAACAGGACAGGGUCUCUUGUAUGUUAGAUGUAAUUGGGGGAGAGAGCUCGCACUGUUACCGUCUUUAUGGUAAGGUAUUUUUUGACAGAAAGCAUUCCUUUCAGCGGUGCGAUAUGGUAAGGGAUUAAUGGCAUU